GGGAAAGAUGGCAGUGUAUACAUAAUUAAAUAUAUAUAGGCAUAUAUAAACAUAAAAAAUAAAAUUGUUUAUUUGGCAACGAGAUCGCCAAAUAUACAAGUAUUUUUUUUUAAAUUAAAUUUAAUGAAAUAUGUGAUAAUUAUUUUGAUUAAAAAUAUAUUUUGAUAUCAUUGAUCUAGUGUCGCAAUUUGGUUACUUAUUAGUUGCUAUAACGUACAAAAUUAUAUUAUAAUUAAAUAUAAUACAUAUAUUUUUGGUUAUGACGACAUUGAAAGGAAUUUUUCCUAAUCCCAAACCGCCAAGAAAAAAAAAUUUUCUGUAUGAAAAUGUAAAGAGUUUGCGUAAAAUGGAAAAAGACAAUGCUAAGGAAACGGACAAAGAUGAUGCUGAUAAACUGGGAGCCAAAACUGGACCCAGGCAGAGUAAUAAGUAUCAACAUGUCGCACCGAGGGUUUACUCAAGUGGCCGAGGAUCAAGCGCAAUUUCUACCAAUAGUUCGGUUAAGAAUAAUAUUAAUUGCAGUAGAAUUAGUUUGAGCGGUAAAUUAAGCGCGCCAAGUCUGGUCAAGACUGCUGAUAAAAAAUCAUGUAUUUCAUUAAACUCUCAUCCUCAUUUUAAUUCUGCUGAUAAACGUGAUAAUAAAUUGAAGACUAAAGAGAGAUAUAAGUCACAGUGUAAUUUAAAUACAAGUUUGUUAAACUUGGACAUUAACUGUGAGACUGAUUCUGCGGAGAAAAAAAAGUCACGUAGUUUAGGUAUACAGACAUUGGACACCAAUGAUUUAGAUAGUUUGUACUCCGAAGGUAUUAUUAGAUAUCCAUCAAGUAGAAGUCGAGAAGAAAAAUCAUGUAAAGAAGUUGAUCAAGUGGAUUUAAAUCUUGAGUUGGAUAGAAAUAGUUCACCUACUAGAUGUCUGGGUGGUAAGCAAGAUUUAACAGAAUCUUCGCCGGGAAAAGAUAAAGAUUAUGUUAAAAUGAACAAAGAAAAAAUAACAGUCGCUGCAAGACUGGCCGCUCAAUUGAAUAAUGGAGUCGUGCCACCAAAUUAUCGCAAAGGAGUUGUUCCAAAAUAUAUACUUGAAAGAAAAGAAGAACAGCAACAAAAAAUAGAACAGGCUAAAUUAGAUGCAGCGAAUUCUGAUUGCCCACCGGGUCAUAUUCCACUGCCAGAUAAUGAACGUAAAGAAACGUUACGUUUAUUAAAAAAAAAUUAUCAGGAGUUAGUAAAUGAAUUAAAUAAGAUGCCAAUAAGAUCAGACACUCUCCGUUGUCAGAUGAAGAAAAUGGAAAUUGAGAAACAAUUAACUAAAUUAGAAGAAGGUAUUAAAAUAUUUUCGCGUCCUAAAGUAUUCGUUAAAACGGACGCUUAAUUAAUUGGACGGCGCGAUGCAGUAACGAAACAUUCCACCGAUCACCGAUUGCCAAUAGCAUUUAAGUAUACAAUUUAUAAAUAAUUUCACACCGAGCGCCUUAUAUAUAAAUAUAUAUGUUUAUAUAUAUUAUACAAAUACUAGGCAAUUAAUUAAUAGAUUAAUUAUUUACAUGUAAUGUAACACUUGAGACUUUGUAAAUAAUUGU